GCAUCUUUUCAAUAGUAUGGCUAGCUCACCUUCUGGCGCUGAACUUCACGUUCAUCACUGUUCGCUGACGUUGUGCCAUUGUUCCGUAUACUCCAGCGUUGCUGCUGUCAACUCAGCGUCAACCAUAAGUAUGACGCAGAUGCACAGUAUUCGGGGUUCCUCCAGUCUUCCACCGUGCACACUUUUUUAUCGAGUCAACUACCGUCCCUGGUCCCUGGGCCCCAAAACGAGCAGCAUACCGUGCGAUGCUAUGCUCCAGCGCUGUCAAGGCGUCCAGCCACUCAGUCCAAAGUUAGGCAAUCGUCGUUCUACUAAUCCUGCUGCACACGUUCCACGUCCACUCCAAGCCUAAUUCGCGUCUCCGAAAGCUCGCACGUUGCAUCCAUAUCUUCCCCUCAUCUUCGGCGUUUAGAUCUACAUUUAAGUCCAUACAGCAACUUUAUCAUCUAUUCCCUCUUCUAUGUUCUGCAUGUGAUGCACAGAAGCAUUCAACGGGUGUGUUUCGAUAGAAUAUGCAUAGCAUAGCUCCGAUGCUAUUCAUGCUAUUCAUAUCCUCCUUCCAGCUCACUCCGAGUCAUUCGUCGCUUCCUUCCGUGGAGACCUCUUGAAGUCGACACGUCGCAAAUACCGCAGAAUGCACCGCUGUUCACGUAGCACGUAGCACGCCCGCCACUCGUCCACAAGCGUAAAAACGGACAAUGCUCAGCAUCAAAGAUCCGUAAAGCGAGCAGCGCAGACAGUCUCCGAAAGUCAUCAUCGAGUGCCUGGCCUCCAUCCUAAGCUCCUAAAGUUCCCGCAGGCCGCUUAUCGCACGAGUCCUCAUCGUCAGGCAUCACCGGCAUUUGUUAUCUACUAUUCCUACACUUCCGUGCCCCUUCUACUCCGCAAUGGUUAGCGUUUGUCAGGAUAUUGUCAAAGAGUUCCGAAAGUAUGGCUCGCUUGAACACGCAUUUGAAUUCGUUGAACCUGGCAUUGAC